UGGAUGGAGAGUGCACAAUAUGUGAAUGAUGGCUGGAUGAGCUGCGACGCUGAAGUUGUCUGCCGGCAGCUCGGGUUCCUUCGCCUACGGAGCCGAGGCUGUUUGUCUAGCGCUCAGUUUUGGGCAGUGUACAGGCCAAUAUACUUGAUUAUGUGGGGUGCAAUGGACUGGAGCUGUAUAUAACAGACUGCCCCAACAUUGGCUACUUCCCAGCACUACUGUAGCCAUUAUGAGGAUGCCGGUGUCACUUGCACACCUCGCAAUGUGAACGAUGAGUUCACAAACCCCAUCCGCCUCGUCGUCAACGGAAAUGAGACUGGCGUGAACGAGGGAACCAUCCAGAUCUUCUACAACGGGACUUGGGGCACCGUAUGUGACGACUACUGGGGUUUUUCAGAGGCCGAGGUGGCCUGCCACAUGCUGGGAUUCUCAGACGCCAUCAGAGCCUAUUCCAGUGCCUACUUUGGCCCUGCACCGGGUGACAUCCUCCUGGACAACAUGAGAUGUGCUGGGACAGAGCACGAGCUGAUAGAGUGCUCCCACAACGGAGUCUUCAAUCAUGACUGUUCUCAUGAGGAAGAUGCUGGAGUCUCCUGUACAAACUACACGACGUCUGAGCAUCCUGUUCGUCUGGUGGGUGGAAAUGGCCCUAACGAAGGUCGGGUAGAAAUCUACAACCUGGGACAGUGGGGAACUGUCUGUGACGAUGGCUGGACUGUCACUGUUGCAAACGUGGUAUGUGUGCAGCUGGGCUAUGCUGGAGCCAACAGGGCCACAGUCAGAGCAGAGUUUGGACGGGGAACUGGAACCAUCUGGCUGGACAAUGUCGCCUGUACUGGUCUGGAGACUGCACUAGAUUUGUGUGCUAGUAAUGGUUGGGGCAAUCAUGAUUGCAGUCACUAUGAAGAUGCAGGGGCUGAGUGUGAGGGAGAGGUGCUCCCUAUCAGGCUACGGGUGGCUCCACUGAUAUGGAGGGGAGAGUGGAGGUCUAUUACAACGGGACGUGGGGCACAGUGUGUGACGACUACUGGGACCUCAGUGAUGCAACAGUCGUCUGCCGUCAGUUGGGAUAUGAUGUGGCCGUCAGUGCCGAGAGUUUUGCCACUUUUGGACAAGGACAAGGUCCGAUCUGGCUGGAUGAUGUGGCCUGUGUUGGCACGGAGAGCUCUCUCUCUGAGUGCUCCAACUUGGGUUAUGGUGUCCACAACUGUCGCCACUACAAAGACGCUGGUGUCCGAUGCUCAAAUGAUGUGCGCCGUCCGCCCCCAGAGACCCACCGAGAUAUGGAGGAAGCAGUGA